GACCCGCCCCGUCCCGCCCCGGAGGCGGGCCCGCCGGGCACGGGAAGCGGCGGAGCGCCGGCGGCCAGGCGCGCUGCGCUCCCGAGAAGUAUGCGCGCCGCCAGGCGCCAGGCGUACACGGGGGCAGACCUCUGGGCCUGAGUUAGGGGGCUGAGAUGCCGCUACUCCGGAGUUUUGGGGGGUCCUCUUCCCACCCCCCGUUAAGGCAUGGAAGUGCAGUAACUUCACUGGACUAAAUGCAGGGCGCAAUAAAAGUUUCUCUUGACCGGGGUACACCCUAGUGUCGCUGAAUUUUCUCAGGAUUACAGGGACACCCGGGUUCCGUUUGUGAGCUCUGCCUGCUGCGGACCAGCAACGUUGGCAUCACCCGGGAGCUGGUCAGAAAUGCAGAAUCUCCGCCCCAGCUCAGACCUGCUGAGUGAGAAUGUGCCUUUUAUACGCCCUGCUGGGGAUCCCUACGAAGGUUGAAAGUUUGAGAAGCCCAACUCGGGGGCACAUUUCUUCCAGCCUUCAGUGAGAGUUGGCAUCGUGCUUAAAGCUUGGGCUCUAUGCAAGCAAGCAUGGCAUUCUGGCCCUGGGCAAUGACUUAACCUCUCUGAGCCCGUUUACUGCAAAAAUGAGGGUAAUAAGAGCACCUAACUCCUAGGGUGGUUUGAAAGAUCAACAUGCCAGGAAAGCGCCCAGCUCUACAUAGUGAGCACUGGAUAGGCGUUCUCCCUCUCUUGAUCAGCAAACGCGUAGCGCACCCACUAGGUGCUACACCCUGUGCUAGUGUGGACGCGAAUCCCUCUCCUUUGCAGCCCUUCCUGGAGCAGCUGCCAGCCCACUGUGAGCCACACGAUGUCAGCAACUCAUCAUUUACUGAGGUCCAGCUGCCAGCAAAAGACCGUCUCUGUUCUCCUCCACUGCCAUGAAAAUGGCAGCUACCACCUCUCCAAAAAGCACCUGUGGUCCUGGGAAUUCAGGAAACCCACAUCCUGAGCCCAGUUCUGCCGCUAACUUGUUCUACAGAAGUUUGGCUGUUGCUCUGGACUUCAGUUUCCUCAUCUGCAAAAUGAAGAAAUCGGAUCAAAUUAUCGUUAAGGUCUUUUACUUCUGCAAACAGCUGUAGUCUCACACCUUCAGGGAAACCAUUGCAGUGGAGACUAAACUUAGAGCCCAAGGUGUGUAACCAAGGCUGGAUGUCUCCCCAUCCCACCCCGUGCCUUCCCACCCCUCCCAGACACCACACCUUUUCCUGCUGCUGUUGGUGGUACCUGCAUUCCAGACAGCUGGGAAAGCUUCUGAGCCUCUGCCUUCAUCUUGACUGGGUUAGCUCUCAAAAGAGAAGCCCAGGGACGGCCAGGCAUGCUCUGGGGCUCCUCCUUCUUCCGGGGGACCUGUCCCUGAUGUCAUAACUGGGUAACUGACAACCCGUCAUGGGGACAGCUAAGUACCUCACAGAGGAGCCUGGGUGCCUCAUUUCUGAAGUGAGACUAGGAAGAGAAGAUGAACAAUUCCCCGGAUUAUCUAGCCUACCCUGUGAUCGUCUCUAAUCAUAGACAGAGCACAUCAUUCAGGAGGAAACUGGACUUUGGCCACUACGUAUUUCAUCAGAAUAGACUACAAAUAGUGAAGCCUACUGUUGAUACCAAGCUUCCAGUGGUGCACACACAUCACAUUUUAAAACUGAGCAAACUACAGGGUGAACAAAAGAAAUUCGAUAAAAUCGAAUAUGAAAACAAGCAACUGUGUCAGAAGAUUGCCAACGCCCACCGCGGCCCCGCCAAGGUGGAUUGCUGGAACGAAUAUUUCUCUAAGAGCUUAAACAGAGAAACAAGGAACCGGGAGCUAGUGAGAAUCACCAUGGAAAACCAGGGCAUUCUGAAGAGGCUUGGUGAUCGCAAACCCCACUAUGACCGCAGGUCGUUGGAGUUAGACUGGCAGGCACGUGGGUACUCUGAUAUUCGUACGCACGCACAGAGUUUGCGUUCAGAGUAGAGCCAAUCUCAGGAGAGACCCCUAAGCGGCUGAGGGUGAAAUCAUGAGAAAUGCAACAAUCGUUGAAAGAAAAACUACCCAGAGCCUACAAAGCUAACAACAGGAGCAAACCAUCCAGCAGCUUGGUAGCAAAGCCAUCAUGUGUCAGCUUCAGAGAAUAUCUGGUAGCAUCUUCCCUCAUCCCUUAAUUCAUUCAGGCUGAAUGGACAAGCAAAGGGGAUGAGGGUAUACAAUUCAGUAUGUGGUUGACUUGCUUCUUUUAGGAAUGGCUCUUCAAGAAGGAAAACAAAAAGCCAUCCGCAGUGCUUUUAUAAACUUCCACUCCCUGUCUUUGGUCUGAAAGCCUUUUCUAAGCCACCCGUAGGAUUUAGAACUUC